AGUAGCGGAAAAAUGGCGGAUAAAAGUGAGAUUUCGUUAAAUGGUAAACCAAUUUCGACUCUUCGAGUGGUGGAUCUUAAACAAGAACUCGAAAAACGGGGAUUAUCAAAAAGUGGAAGUAAAAAAGAUUUAGUUGAUAGGCUGAAACUACAACUUCAAAUAGAAAGACUCCAUAAUGCAUCAGAAAAAAGUGAAGUUGAACCAUCAGACAGGAGAGCAGAUUUGGUCCCAAAUAUAUCUUUACAAGAUGAUGUUAUUGCUGAACAAAAUGAUUUCAUAAAGAAAUAUCUGGCUGAUCAACAGAAGAGCUAUGCAAUACAGAAAGAAGCCCGUAGACUUGUAGAGCUAGAGAACUACAGAUCUAGUGAUGCAGAAGCUUCAUCAUCACAAGAAGAAGAAGGAUCUCCAGAAAAAGAUGAUAAUAAAAGGAAAGGAAAAGUUAAUGAAGAACAUAUAAAAGCUAGUGAAGAUGUUGCAGUGGAUCAGUUAGGGGAUGUUUCUUCUCCUGAAAAAAAAUCCCGUAGAAGGACAAGAACUUCAUCCAACCAAGAAAACAAAGAUUCUGAGGAAAAAGAUGAGCUUUCAUUUAAACAGCCCUCAGAACCACAGAUAAUAAAAACUCCGGAAAAAACACGAAGAAGAACAAGAAGCUCUUUACAAUCAGAAGAUAAAGAUCUAGAGGUAGCUGAUACAUGUGAUCAAACAAAAGACAUUGAAGAAUUUACAGAAACUCAAGGAAAUACUUCUGUUAAAACUGAAAAAGUAAAACAAGAAGGUGAAGAAAUAAAUCAUGAAACUGAACCAGAAAAUAAAACACUUCAUCCACAAGAAGGUAGUACAAUCAAUUUGAAUGCUGCUGUAAAGCAGACAGACCAGCCUGCAGUAAACGUUGAGAUACAAUCCACAGGGAAAAAUCUAGAAAAAGAUUUUGAGAAAACAGAUAGUAAAAACACAUAUUUGAAUAGCAAACAGCCACAUGAAAAAGAUAUCAACAAAAGUCAAGAACUGGAGAAAAGAUCCUUAGAUUUACAACCUGAAAUCCAAGUUGAAGUAAAUACUAAGAAUUCUAUAAAGAGUAAGACUUUGAUAGAAAUCACUGGCAAAAGUAAAGAGAAAGUGAAUGAAGAUACUAAUAACAACUGUAACAAGAUAGCAAAUGAACCUGUUGAUCCUCCAAGAACAAGAAGGAUACAGAGAAACAAUUGGAAGACCAGGAGGGAUUCUGAAAAACUUAAAGAAGAUACCUUAGCUGAAUCAAAAAUGUCAUCAUUUUUAAAGACUGAACAGUCUAAAGAAGAGAGUUUCACAAAAGAGGAGGAGCAACUGCAAGGAAAUCAAGAAAGUAAACAAUCUAAAGAAGAGAGUUUCACAAAAGAGGAGGAGCAACUGCAAGGAAAUCAAGAAAGUAAACAAUCUAAAGAAGAGAGUUCUACAAAAGAGGAGGAGCAACUUCAAGGAAAUCAAGAAAGUAAACAAUCUAAAGAAGAUAGUUCCACAAAAGAGGAGGAGCAACCGCAAGGAAAUCAAGAAAGUAAACAAUCUAAAGAAGAGAGUUCCAUAAAAGAGGAGGAGCAACCGCAAGGAAAUGAAGAAAGUAAACAAUCUAAAGAAGAUAGUUCCACAAAAGAGGAGGAGCAACCGCAAGGAAAUCAAGAAAGUAAACAAUCUAAAGAAGAGAGUUUCACAAAAGAGGAGGAGCAAAUGCAAAGAAAUCAAGAACAGACCAAAGAAUAUGAAAACAAAUUAGUUUUGGAAAUGUCUCAGAAAGUAGAAUCAAAUUCUCCAUUGGAGGAAGUGAUGAAAACUGAUGUUAAUGGGCAUCAGGAUGAAGCAAAAAAACUCUGCAUUAAAGAAUUGAAUAUACAAGAAAAAAACAGAAAAACUGAAAAUAAACAGCAAGAAGUUGUUGAUAAACUUAAGAAACAUCAAGAUCUAGAUCAGAAAAUGGAUACAAGCCAUGGAGAUGUACCAGAAAGAUCCAAACUUGAGGAGCAAAAUGAAUAUACUGAAGCUGAAACUGAUAAGAAAGACCAUUUAAGGAGCAACAAAAAAGAAGCAGAUAAAGAAAAGAAAACUGAUGUUGAAAAUUAUUCACAUGAGGUUGGGGAAGAAAAUGCACAAGACUUUAAUGAAAGAAAAAAGGAAAUUACCGAAAAAGAACAAAUAAAAGAAAAUGAUGAAAUUCAAAAUAAACAUGAAACAAUCGAAGUUUUAAAGAUUGAAAAUGAGCAAGAAUCAAUCAAAGAAGAAAAAACUGAAAUGAAGAUAAAAUUAACUGAGCAAGAAUCUAAAACUGGCCAAGAGGAGACAAGACAAUUAGAAUUUAAAGCAGGCUUAAAUCUAGCGAAACAAUUAAAAACUACAACAGAACAAGAACAGGCUCAGAACUUAAGAACUGAACAAGAACAGGCUGAACAAGUAGGUGUUAAAGCUGACUUACAAUUAGCUGAAGAGUUAGAAGCUACAAUUGAACUAGAACAAACUGAAAACUUAAAGACUAAACAAGAACAGGUUGGACAAGUAGAAUUUAAAGCUGGCUUAAAAUUAGCUAAAGCAUUAGAAACUACAACUGAACAAGAUCAGGCUGAUAACUUGGGGACUAAACAAGAACAAGCUGGAGAGUUAGAAUUUAAAGACAACUUAAAAUUAGCUAAAGCGUUAGGAACUACAACUGAACAAGAUCAGGCUGAGAACUUGAGGACCGAACAAGAUCAGGCUGGACAGUUAGAGUUUAAAGACAACUUAAAAUUAGUUAAAGUGGUAGAAACUACAACUAAUCAAGAUCAGGUUGAGGUCUUGGAGACUAAACAAGAACAGGUUGGAGAAGUAGAAUUUAAAGGUGGCUUAAAACUAGCUAAAGCAUUAAAAACUAUAACUGAACAAGAACAGGCUGAGAACUUAGAGACUAAACAAGAACAGGUUGGAGAAGUAGAAUUUAAAGGUGACUUAAAACUGGCUAAUGUGUUAGAAACCACAACUGAACAAGCACAGGCUGAGACCUUAGAAACUAAAGAACAAGCUGAAGAAGUAGAAUUUAAAGGCAAAUUAAAUUCAGCCAAAGUGUUAGAAAGUACAACUGGACAAGAACGAGCUGAAGAAAUGGAAAUAAAAAAUAUACAAAUACAGGCUAAGGAUUUAGAAGAUAGAGAAGAACAAGAAUAUAUUGAAAAUAUAGAAACUAAAAUCAGUGUUGAACAGGCUGUAGAAAACACAGAUGAAGUUGAUCAAGAACCUACCAAAUGUAUUGUAUUAGAUUAUGAAAACAAACAAGUGGUGGAAACGAGAGCUCAUGAUGACGAGCAUUUCUCUGGGUAUAAAAGAAAAUGUGAUACUGAUGAUGAUAUACAAAGAAUAAAAGUAUCAAAAAAUGAUGAAAUGAAAGAACCAGAAGACAAGCGAAAUAGUCGAGAGAUAAAUGUUCAGAAAGGCAAUUUGUUUGCCGAUGUUUGUGAGAACAAAGAAGAAUCUGAUGUGAAAGCCAAAGAAAAUAAGGAGGUAUUUUCACAGCAUGAGUUGGAUCAAAAGCAUGAAGAGGAAAUGGCCCAUGAAAACAGUGUAAAAAGUGGAAAGAAAACAGGGCUUACUAAAAAACAAGUGGUUGAUACUAAAGAAGAUAAAACCACCACAAAAACAGUCAAGGAUUCUGCUAAAAGCAUCAGUAAAACCAAGAGCUUUAAAGAAGACUCCUAUUCUUCAGUAGGCCAAAAGUCAGAAGAGAUUGAAGUUAGAAGAAAAGAUGGUGAUCGUUCACCCUCCUCUCCUGUAGUAAACCCUGACAUUCCUGAAUCAUCUAAGUCACAGACUUGUAGGAAAAGCAGAAACAGAAGUAGAGAAAGAAACAGUAAUAGACAGCAUAAAAGCAGCAGUAGUGUCAGUUCAAGUAGUUCCAGAAGUAGUCGGAGUUCUUCAUGUAGUAGAAGUAGCAGUCAGAGUAGUGGCCAAAGUAGCCGUAGGCACAGUAGAAGCACUAGCAGGUCUUCGUCUAGAAGCAGAAGUCCUUCUCCAAAAAGCAAACACAAAAGAUCUCAAGAAAAGAAAAGAAGUAAGAAGAGUAGGAGUCGAUCUAUUAGUCCAGAGCAAAAUGUUAACAAUGUAGAUUCCAAAGACAAGGUCAUUACAGUUUCUCACGAGAAAAAGAAAGAACCAGAGAGUGUGGUGAAUGAAAAACUAUCCCCAGCUAGAGAUGUUGAUAUCUUGGAGGUGACAGUAGAUGAACAGAAAAAAGAAAUCAUUGAAGAAAGUAUUCAAGCAAAGGAGGAGAAGAAAAGGCCACCAAUCAACUUGACACCCAGAAGAUUAUCUGUCCGUGGUAACAAGGAUCGUGAAACUGUAAAAUCUGCUGAAAUUUCUCAACCACGGAGAAAGAGAAAGUGGGCAACAAGCAUGAACUCCAUACCCAAAGCAUCACUUAGUAUAUCUACUGAUGCACUAAAGAAUCUACUUCCUGAAGAUGUGCCUGAGACUCCUCCUACUCCAGAGAAUCCCUCUCCUGAUCCUGUCCCUAACUCUGAAUCUGCUAACAGUCCUGAAGAUGGGCCACCACCACCUAAGAGAGAAAUUAAACUAAAGAGGCCUGAAAUUAGAGUAGAACCAAGAGCCCCUUCUAAAGAGCCAGAAGAAGUUAAUGUUGCACCUGAAGAGGAAGUAGAGAUAGUUGAAAUUAAAGAAAACAAAGAACACACUCCAUCCCCAGCAAAGAAUCCAAAGUCCAACAUUAUUUCUAUCCGUAACUUAGUCAGACCUUUUACCUUACUGCAGUUGAAGGAUCUUCUGGCUAAAACUGGUACCUUAGUGGAUGGAGGAUUUUGGAUUGAUAAAAUUAAAUCCAAGUGCUGUGUUACAUAUGAAACUGAAGAGCAGGCUGAGGAGACAAGAAAAGCACUUCAUGGAGUGCAGUGGCCUAUUUCAAAUCCUAAAACAUUAAUUGUUGAUUUUGCUACAAAGGAAGAGUUGGACCAGCAUUUGCAUGAAGAAACACCACCAAUAAAGAAAACUGUCCUUACUGAAGAUAAAAACAAAGAACAUAAACAGAGAGAGGAAUGGUUGGGAGAUAGAAAGAAGGCCAAAGAUGUGGAGGAAAAUGACAAAAAGAAGGAAAAAAAUCGAUCUGUACGGCAGAGAAUAACAGCUCCAAUUAGAGAGUGGGAUGUUGGAAAACUCCCUUUAGAAUCACCUGAAAGAGAUGAAGAGAAGAAAAGAUUAAGGGAAAAGGAAAAAGACCGAAGUGCAGAGAAGAAAAAAGAGAAAAAGGAUUCUCGACAUAAACAGGAAGAAGAAACUUCGGCUAAACUUCUAGAUGAUUUGUUUCGCAAGACAAAAACCACUCCUUGUAUAUACUGGUUACCUCUAACUGAAGAGCAGAUUCAAAGCCGAAUAGAAGAACGUAAGCAACGUCAGGUAGAGCGAGAACGACGUAGAAAAGAGGAGGAGGAUAUGCGAUCACAAAGGAAGGAGAGGAGUAGGGGAAGUCGAAGCAGGAGCCGGAGUCCAACAACGAGGAGGCGUUGAGAAGACCACUGAAAGAUGAAGUAUUUAUAAAACUCAGAUACCAACUUCUGAAGGCACACUUGUCAAUGAUUGUCCUUGGAUAAGGUACUGAAUGUAUGAUUGUUAGAGCAGUGUUCUGUUAAUGUUGUGUUGAGUGUGUAGGAGUGUUUGUGAUAGUGUGUGUGUGUUGAAUAUUUUCAAACAGUAUAAUGAUUAAUAAUAACAAUUUUGAUUAACUUUUAGAGGAAAAAUAAUGAACAAACAAAACUGAACGUUUUUUGCUUGUAAAAACUUUAGCCUGUAUAUUAAUAAUAACAACAAAAAAGAUUACUCUGUUUGUAAUCAAGUCAACUUGAAGUUUGCUUGUGAUUGUUGGUCCGAGUGAAGUUAACUGGUGCAUAUGUCUGAAUGAUUGGUGAUGAGUAAGUGUGUGUAACUUAGAUGACUUAUUCAGGUUUAGUUGCUGGUCUUUGACCUAUGCACAUGUGUAUCCUUUUUUUUCUUCUUUUGAAAAAUCUGUUGUAAGUAUUGUAGUUUGUCUGUGUGAAUGUAUGAAAUACAGACAGAUAUGCCUUCAGGACCUGGUAUUUACAUUACCAGCACAUUUAGUUUUGAACUAGUUUAGCCUUUCAUUCACCACCAGGUGUCUCUUCCAGAUGAGAAGUGCUAACUAUCCUGGCACAGUCGCGCAUACCUUUUGGUACGGUACGGUCCCCUAGCGAGCCCAGAGGGCAUCUAACCUGCAUGGGUUCAUCAGUGGUAGACAACUUUAAGAAAAUCUGACUUGUGGAGAAAUUUGGGUUGUUGGAAGCUUAAAAAUAGGCAGGCAGUGUAGCUCUGAUGUUAGAAAUAUGAAAGCAAUGAGGACUGGAGUUACUGUGCAAGUAUUUAACAGUGUAGCCAGUUCACAAAUACAUAAGUCAUUCAGUGACCUAAUGAUGAAUUCCAGCAAACUGGAGUUUAAAGAAAAUUUAUCAUUAUGUGGUGACAGUAGUGAAAAAUUGUAUGAUAAAGGAAACCUUAAAAAACCUAAUUCAGACUCAGUACUUGUUCUGAGUGGAAAAGUAUCUUUCUUUUUUUUUUAAUGAAGCAAUUUGAGUGAGUUCUCUUGAUUCUUUUUCUAAUUUUUAAUUCUUUGUUCUUUGAUGUGUUCAUGUACAAAAUUCAUUUCAUACUGACACUUUUAAUAUCUGUGGCAAGUGCAUUCAGUCCAUUACAACUGUCCAAUGUGAGUUAGUUUCAUUUAGACAGAGCUGGAAAAAUUGCAUUUUGCAAGUUAUUAAAUCUUUGACAUGGAAAACUUCUAUGAAAAGUGCUUAUAGUGUAAAAUAAGUGUGAUGAGAAAGUAACGUUCAUAAUUAUUGUUUAAGACUCAUUGUAAUAACAAUUCAACUACCCUUAGUUACAGAAAUCCUCUGUCACUGUCAUGUUUGAACCAAUAAAUUUUAAUUAUUUGUGCUUAA